AUGGUAGAUCAGAUGAACAGGGAGCCUGUGGAUGCCCUCACUGGAAAAGCUCCAGUAGGGCCCAAGCCAGCCAGGAAGGAGGAGGCAGCCAGAGAGGCCUCCACUGUUCUCUGCAGCAGAAGACCCCUUGCUGCCAGCCUGGCCCAGCAAUGGAGUGCUGAGGACGAGGAAGAACAGGAGAGAGAGCGACGGCGGAGACACCGACAGCUGAGUUCCACCUCUGAAGCCAAGGAGGAAACCCCUGGCCCAAAGCAGAGUGCUGUCAGUCGAGCACCAAACAGGUUCCGUAACCGCAACUCCCCAGAGGUAAAGCCGCCAAAGCCAGCAAGCUCAGUGCUGGCGAAAGAGAAAAAACUGGUAGAGACAUUAAAUAAGGAGGAAGACAAAAGGACAAGGAGAAAGGUGGAGACCUUGAAUAACGUGAUACAGGAUAAAGCAACAACAAAUGCCUUGAAAUUGGAAGCUGGUGAAGAGAAAGCCAAGUCCCACGCAGAACCAGCUCAGGAGCAGAAGGACCCAGCGUUAGAAAAAUGUCAAGACCUGAGUCAGCAAAAGGCCCCUGUGGCAGAAAAGCCUCAAAACCUGGGUCAGGAGAAGGGGGAACCAACAGUGGACAAACAUGAAAACUUGGCUCAGGAAGAGAAGAACCCCCAAAUGGGGGAUGAUCGAGUCUUUGAUCUGGAGCAGAAGGCUCUGGAUGCCCAGGUGUCUCAGGAACCAGUUGCAGUCCAGAAUGAGGCGGCCAUACAACAGCCACAGCGAGCCUCUUGGGAACGUAAGAGCAUCAGCCGGCUUGAGGUGAAGAUUAACUCAAGAGUAAGAAAUAGCAGUGAAGCUGCUCCAGCCGCACCUGUUUCUGGCCCACAGGCCACAAGAAGAAGUAUUCCUAAAAUUGAUGAAGCCAAAAGCUCUCCAACCGGCCAAGGUGGAUCUGAGCCCUCCCCACUAGCCUCUCAGCCUGGGGUUACCUACAGUAGUUCAUUCAAACGGAUCAGUCCAAGAACUAUCUCAUUCCGGGUGGUAUCCAGGAAUGACAAACAGGAGGAUGCAUUAAGCAGAAGUGCCAGCAUGAGGCUCCCAGCAAGCAGCACCAAACUUGAGGAGAAGCUGGAGCGAUAUACAUCUGCUGUGCAGAGAGCGGGGUCAAUCAGACUGCCUCCAUCUGCUCGGAGAAAUUUCCAGCCACCCGCAGAGGGCGUGGCCAGCAAGCGAAGCAUCUUUGAAGCCAACGUUUCCAUCCGGACUGAGCCUACUACCCCUAUCAGGAAGGAGAGUUUGAAGAUCCCAGGAGGAGUAUCAUCUCGCAUCAAUCUGUGGAUCAGCCGAACUCAGGAGCCCAGCAAAGAUGAAGGAACCAAGGACAGUCAGAGAACUGAGAACACUGUGCAACGGAGUCAGUGGGGGAAACGGUCCAGUGAUUCCUGAGGGAGAAUCGGGAUGUAACACUACAAGCUGCUCUGAGGACAACGUAUCUCCAUUUAAAUCAAAGGCCUGGGCCAUUUGAAAUUAGCCUCCAUCCCUUGGUUUCAGACUGUCAACCUCCACAAGGUCAUUUGCAUGGCAAAGCAUUAUCUAUCAGUCAAACUUGCUUCCAAUCCAGAGCCUUUUCAUGGAUGGGUUUUCUUGGUGACUUUAAAAAAAUUCUGCUUCUGAUUGGUGGAUGGGAAAGUUGAUGCUUAUGGCAUAGAAACUAUAUUACCCAUAAUCCACUUCUGUCCCUCUCCACUUCUGCAUCUUCUAGCUCCCAAACAUAAAACCUUAAUUUCUACCAACAAUCCUGAAGGUAUGAAAUACAUACUGCCUACUCACCGGAUCAUACUUCCACUAUGCCUCUGCCAUGAUGGAUACGAUAAUAUGGUCCCCCAUGUAGCUACUGCACCUGGGCAGCUAUCUUUCUUUGCCCUCAGUGAUGUCAUCACAGAGCCAAAUUUUAUUGGCUGCAUGAUGAUGUUACUAUUGCUAAGAUGAAGAAGGCUAAUUUGAAGGAAGAAAAUGGCAACAAGCAUGCAGCUGACAGGGCUGAGAAGAAUCUCACAACUGAGCAAUGUGCUGCCCACUGGAAUGCUGGGAAUGUGCAUGUGGGGGUGGGGGAAACCACUGCCUAAUGUCUGUUGGAUGGGUGCAAAUUGUUUAAAUAUGUAUCGGUGAGGCUUCUCUCUGUCACGCCCCAUGAAAAAUAUGCUCUAAAGGCCCCCUGAAAAGUUAACGACAAUUAAUGAACAAGGAGAAAAUGCUCACCAAAAGAACUGUUUUAUAGCUGCUUCCCUCAUGGAUACAUCAAUAACCCUUUGUUUUGACUUAGCCCUAGUCAUUACUAAGGCCCGUUGAAAUAAACGAGACAAGUCAAUUGCAACUUACUUGUUUUCAAUGGGACUUAGUCAUCACUAACUAGCUGGAUUGUGUGAAUCCUGUCUGUAAGACAGCAGUUCAAUGACUUAAAGUCAGUCCAGUCUGAGCAGAAGAUAUUCCUCUUAUUUGGCAACAUACACCUAGCUCGGUGGUUUCAGGGGUGAAUUUGGCUCUCACUGUAUUUCAUAAUAAAUAUCAACUUGGUUCAA